AUGUCUUCCGGUGUGAAAGUGAACCAGGAGUGCCUUGAGCAGUUCCAGGCCCUGAAGCUGGGCAAGAAGGUCAAGUACAUCAUCUACACGCUGUCCCCCGACAACACGGAGAUUGUCGUGUCCAAGACCAGCGAGUCGGCCAACCACGAUGACUUUCUUGCUGAGCUCCCCGCGGCCGAGUGCCGCUACGCGAUCUACGACUUCGAGUACCAGAAGGGCGACGAGGGCAAGCGGAACAAGAUCUGCUUUAUCACCUGGUCUCCCGAUGACUCUAAGGUGAAGCAAAAGAUGCUUUACGCCUCGUCCAAGGAGGCUCUGCGCAAGGCCCUUGUUGGUAUUGCGGCCGAGAUCCAGGGCACCGACCUCAGCGAGGUUUCGUACGACACGAUCCUCGAGAAGGUGACGCGCGGCACCUUCUAA